AUGCUGAUACGAGUGAAGACUCCUCUCCCCCACUCCCAGAAAGAACACCAGAAUCAUUUGUAUUAGCAAGUGAACAGAGCACACCCUUGCUGAAGCCAGUUAUGAUUGCACAGUCUGAGUGGAGCAUAUUGCAAGAUCGGCAUCUCCCUGAACAAACAGUCUCUACAGGUUUGAAAACAACUUCACCUAUACUAACUGAUCGUCCCGAAAGAAGCAACAAAACACCAACUGACAUUUUACCUCAGAUUUCUUUUUCUGGCUCCACUGAUGCAAGAGGUCAAAUUUCAGAAUUUCCUGCAGAAGUAACAGAUAUUGGUUUUGGUAACCGCUGUGGAAAGCCCAGAGGACCAAGAGAGCCACCUUCAGAAUGGACAUGAUCCAAGAACCAAUGGACACACUCUCAAUAAAUUAUACUGGAAAACUCAAGUGCCACUGAGAACUAGAAAAAUAGUAUUCCACUUUUCUGGGGGCAGACUAACACAGAGCAGUGUAGACCCACUACCAAAUGGUACACUCUUGCAGGACAUCCCACGCCAAACCUUAAACCUUGUUCAUGACAGUGGAUUCCAGUAUUACAGCGCAACUUUUUGCUGGGGCCAUCUACCUGCCUUAUUACACUUAGGAGAAAGUAUUACAUAUGAUUUAUUUUGUAACUUCAAGUAUUAUUGCCUUAAUGUCUUUUAACCCUGUUACACGCUGCUUGUAGACAUAUGUUAAUAUAGUACUACUUUUGACAGAUUGUGUUUAUGGACUACUUUUUGCUAACGUUUGAUUACCAUGUAUGCAUUAUUUUGUAUAUGUACAGGGCAAGUAAGUAUAUAAUUUGAUAAAGUUGCAAUCAUAAAAUAUUAACAGAAGAUGUAAGAAAUCUCUGCAUGUUCUAAAUUUUUGUGUACCUUAUUUGUAAAUUAUUUGCCCUGAAGUUUUAGAAAAUAGUUUCUGGGGUUUUUUACAAACAUUGCUGGAGACACAGCCAGAAUUGCGGGUUAGCAGAGAUAAAGAUUGUAAUACAUUUUGUAAAUUGUAAGCAAAAGGUUAUUUUUAUAUUAUAUGCUGUUUAAUUGUCGGACCUAAUUUGUUCUGGUUUUCAUCUAGUCAUGGAGAUUCAGUAAGUGCCUUGGAACAGUAUUGAUUUCUCUUAGCCUGUGUAUGUUACUUCAGUGUUUUGAGUUCAUCUGGAAUUAGAUUAUCAAAAAUAUUUGUACGUUUCUAGCCUAUUUGACCUGCCAGUAAAAGAGAAACCAUUCUACAUAGUCAACACUCCUUAGUUUUCAUUUUCAUGUUUCAUCGGUUGCAAUCUUUAGAAAAUUCAUCUCUAUCAACUUUCUGUAUAAUAGGAUUUUACAGUUUUAAUAUGAUGUGUUUCUAAUUUGGGGAAACCAGAACACACUGGUAAAAGGACUGUUUAAAUACCACUGUCUUCUC